GUGUAGGUGACUUUAUGCCGGUUUUAAGGAAUUACGUUUUGUCAUUAUAGAUACACACAUUUUCACGUUGUAAUUACUGCUGCCGAAAAUGGAUGGAUUGCAGGAACCAAUAUGCGCAGGUUGCGAGUAUUAUGAAGAUAAUUACAAGAAGGCUUUAGACCGGUUCUUGCUGUAUAAAGAAAAAAUAAUGUGUACACAGACUCUGAUCCAGAAAUAUGAAAGGAGAAAGCAGCAGAAUCAGCAACUCGUAAGAAAACUGCAGAAGUCACGGCACAGUGCUGCAACUGUAAGAGAGAGAUUUAUGCAUUAUAUGGAGAGAUAUAUGCCACUUGAAAAGUCAUACAAUGACCUUAGAGCUGCGUACAAUGAACUUGAAAGCAAACUGCACACACAGAGUACAGCACUUAUUGCUCUGCAGCAACAUAAUAAGCAGCUAACUGCUCUUGUUGAAGUACAGGAAAAAGAUGUGAAUGAGUACAAGGACAAGACUGAAAGAAUAGAAGAAGAGUUGAAAAAGAAGCUAAGGGGUGUCCAUACAGCCAAGGCAAAGGCGGACCAUAAAUAUCAUAGUAUAGCGAAGUCGGCUAUAGAACUGGCAGUUAUAUUACAGGACAAAGGAAUGUUACCAGAUUCCUACAAACUUUGCUUAAAAUCAUGGAAAAAACAGCUUUCACAAGACAUGAAGCAUGAAAACUUUUGUGAUAAUGGAGGAUUUUCUCCUGAUAAGGCAUCAAGUAUCAGCUCACAAGACACUGGCUUUGAUUCUUCAAAAAGUAUGUCUGAUGAUGAAAGUCAGUUUGAUGAAAAAGUGAAUAGAAGAAAAGGUGCAGCUGGUGACAAAAGGUGCAAUAACACUUCAAAAUCUGCUACCCCAUCAAUUCCACUGGAAACUUCUGUUUGUGACAAAUCGGUGAAUACAAGUGACAUUCUAAGAGACUUCCAUACUCCAUGUGCAACAGACAGUUUUCAGAAUCUUAGAGAUAUUGGUGUCAAUACUUCUUUAUCAAUGCUUACCUCAGAUUUGAAUAAGUUUUUGGAUGAAGUGGCAAUAAAUGACUCUAAGAAUUUAGAACAGUCACCGUGUGAUCAGGGCAUGGAGAAUCAUGACAUAGAGCCUUUGCCCUUUGGUGCAGACUCGCAAAUGAUUGAGCCUCACACUAGUCAACGAUGGUCAAUUUUUUCACCAGUUAAAGGUGCAGUCCAUUCAGCAAGUGCUGAAAUGCCUCCUACAAGUGCUGAAAUGCCUCCUUCAAAUUAUUGUGUGGAAGAAGACCAAAGUGGUAAUGACAUACCAAGCAAAAAUGCAGCUGUUUCAGCUUCUCCACUCAUGCGUUCGACAGAUUUGCGUACCAAUGAUUUGUCCUCUGUGAAAUGUGAUAGCCCUCAAGCAGAUUUUGGAAUUUCUCUGACUUGCUCAAAUAAUAAUUCAGUAUUUCAGCAGCAGCAGCAGACAGCUCAGGCAAGUGAUAUGAAGAAGGGGAGUCUUACGUUGCGGGAGAAAAGAAACGGUUUACUAAAGAAAAGCAUCUCAAACAAGUCUUACGGUCAAGAUACGGAAGGAACAAAUCCAAACUGUGAAACAGAAAUUGAACCACUAAAAAGAGUUUGUACAACAGAAACUGAAUCAUUAGCAGGAGUUCAUAAAACGGAAAUUGAACCACUAAGGAGAGUUUGUACAACAGAAACUGAACCAUUAGCAGGAGUUCAUAAAACAGAAAUUGAACCACUAAGGAGAGUUUGUAAAACAGAAAUUGAACCACUAAGGAGAGUUUGUGAAAUGGAGAUUGAACCACUAAAAAGAGUUUGUCACGAAGAGUGUUCAUCCAAGUACAGUCAUGUGUUGGCAAGAUUUUCUAUUGGAAAAGAUGUUUCGAGCAAGCACCAUAGUGCCAUUGAAGAAAAAAUGAAUAAUUCAAAAAACAUUUUACCUGACCCAAAAUAUAGUGAUGUUUUUACACAUGAUUUUGUGAAGUCUUUGAGUAAUUUAACAUCAAUAAUUGAGAGCAAAAAGUUCUUGAAAUUCGCCAAGAAGAAAAAUUGCCAAAGAAGUCGCAGGUUGAGGAAGAACAUUUUGAAGACAAUUCAUUCACACAGGAAGCAUGUUUCAGCAAGUAACCAAUCUUCUUCUAACAGUAACAUUGUUGAGACAGCAUCAGGCUGUUUUCUUGAAACUGUGAACACUGUUCCAGUCUCUGCUUGCAGUGUAGAGAGCACACCAGAAUCUGGUAAAGUCGAAGAAAGAUUAACAAUGACUGAAACAGUGAACUAUCACUACAAGGAACCUAGUGGUGCCACAGAGGUUUCUGGCAGUAAAAAUAAAAUUUCACAAUUACAAUGUAACCCUGACAUGUUGGCUUGUAAAAAUCAACAGAUUGUCCCCCAGGAAGAUGAGAAAGCGAAGAUACACACAGAGAAGAAUAUUUUACGAUGUGAAACACGUGCUUUAACUUGUGUGACACAAAACCAAGUGGAACUUAAAGAAUCUCAUGUGAUUGAUACUCUGACACACAGUUUUCAGCCAGAAGUGGAUAAUCAGAUUAGAAAGUCACUAGAGGAGGAUGAGAAGGAUGGUGAAAAUGACACUCUAGUACACAGUUUUCAGCCAGAAGUGGAUAAUCAGACUAAAAAGUCAUUAGAAGAGGAUGGGAAUGAUGCUGGAAAUGAACUGAUGACAGUAGAUUCAACAUGUAAUUGGGAAAACACUGUCAACAAUUCAGAAUGUUCUUUAGCCACACCAGAUGUAUUUCAUUUGUCAACAAGUAACAAUGCAGCUGACUUUGAGAGGAAAGAUACUGAGACUGAAUCACGCUUGGCUUACACAGAAUUACUGGGCGAUUUAAGUGUUUCAGAUGAUGAUUCUAGCCCAGAAUCCAUAAAUGCCCGUAGUGAAUCAUCACAAUGUUUUGAGGCUGAAGGGUCAAAUUAUGAAUGUCGUAAUGAGCCAACAUUUGGGUCUAAUAACUGUUCUAAGAUAGAUGUACCUCAAAACACUGUUAACAGUGGACCCAUAUGCGAAUUACCAAAAGUGAAUCAUGACGUUGUUGAUGGAGAGAAAAGUUGUAACAAGCAAUACAACAAUGGGAACAUCAAGAAAGUGUCUGAGCACAGUAAUGCUAGGUAUUUUAUUCCUCAAAUAGCAACCAGUAAUAAAUUGGUGGUUAAUUAUGAAGAGGUAGAAAUAAAUAUACCUGUUGAGUGUAGGCAAGAAAUUUGCAUUUCUGAGCAAAGUGUUGAUUUAUUGGAUCAGAAACAUGAAGCUGAAUAUGUAGAUAAAAAGAGAAAUUUAAUUUUUGAAGCUGGUGAGGCCAUUUCAGACAUAUCUACCUGUUUGUCUGCUUCAUGUAAUUCAGAUGGCGAAACAACAAAUCAUGCUACAUUUUCUGGUAGUCGCUUAAGCUGUCGUUCACGUGGCAGCAUUUCAGAGGUCAUAACAAUGAAUGAAACGGAUAUAGAGAGAAAUUCAGUUCCUUCUUCUAAAGACUCUACAGAUUCUCUUGCUCACCCAAAGAUUACUACUGUUAGCACAAAAGAUUGCACAGUGGACAGUUGUGAUGUGCUUCAUGAUUGCAAUACAAAGUUAUUCAUCCAAGGUUCAGAUGUAAAGAUUGAUGAUGAUGUGCCCAAAAAGGAUAGUUUAGCUCUGAGUGAGAGUGGUGUAAGAAAAAUGGGUUCUACUGAUAUGCCAGACAUGUCAAAUGUUAACAGUGAAUUGUCCAAACACUGUACUGGAACAGAGAAUGGUGCCAACAAACUGAUUAAUCAGUCUGAAAGUUAUCAAGCUAUGAACGGACAUAAACAUAUUGAAGAAAAACAUUGUUCAAAUAAUACCAAAGAAAUCUGUAAAGAUAUAAAGGGUACAGAAUUGUUGACUUUGGGGUCUGGUUUACAAAAAGGCACAAUGGAACAUGAAAUAAGUGAUCACCAUAAAAAUAGUGACAUAAGUGUAAAUGAAAAACCUGGAAGAGAACUUGAAGAAGAAAGUCCACAUCCAAAAACUAUGGGAAAGGAAAAUCUGUCCACACAAAAGUGUGGAAGAAUUUCGGUUGUCGGUACCUGUAACAUACAGAAGUCAUUAAUCAAUUGUUCUGUUUCAGAAGAACCAGUCAUUAAAGAACAACAGGAAUCAAACAAAGAUGACAUCCCUGUAGAAGAAAUACCUCAAUCAGAAUUGGGUAUUUCAAAACGAGAUGUGGAGGAAGAAGUAAAAGAUACUGCAGAAACUAUUUGUGAAGAAUAUUACAUACCACAGAGGACAAAAAAGAGAAUUGCCCACAAACCAAAACCUCAAGCUUCAGGCUCAGGUAGUUCAAGUGAACAUAAGAAUUUUCAGAGCCCCACAAAAGCAACAGUGGUUACUACCAUGAAACAAACACGUAAAAAAACAAAACGAACAACAGAAGAUGAACAGAAGAACACAAAAACUAUAAAUACGGGUCUUACAGUAAAUGAAGUAGCUGGGAGUUCGCCCUCUUUGCCUCUAAAUGUUGGAACUGCCAGUAUCAAAGAGAAACAUACUUUGAAAACAAAAUGUUCCAGUUCAGAAGCAACUGAAAGUGUAAACUGUGUAAGUAGAGCAAGAAAGAAAUUAAAAACCGAGGUUGAAUCAUAUGCAAAUACAGUAGUGAAUUCUACUAGCAAAAGGCAGUUAAAAAUGACCAGGCUUGAUGAUAAGCAGUUAGAAGAACCUUCGGCCCAUUUACAAGCAGCUAGACGGUCUGCCAGGUUAAAAAAGUCUGAAACCUUCAAAUUAUUACAAAAGGGAUUGGAUGUUCAUGCUACUAAGAGAAGGAAGAAAUUGAAGGAUGAAAAGUGUUUAGCUGCUGACUCCUUUCAAGACGUAAUAAAAGUAGAUACUGUUAAAACUGAAAAAUGUGAUGAUGGCAGAUCAACAUCAGAUGUGAACCAUGUUGAAGGAGAGAAAUGUGACAUUAAUGAAGCCUUACUAGCAGGAGGAUCAGUUGCAACUGCUCAACAUUCAAAGGUGAAAAAGUUGGACAGUGAGGAAGAUGAUAUUGAUUAUGGAGCUGCAGGCCCUUCAGCAGGAAGAAAUAAGAGAAAAAUAAAGAAUGAAACUGGAGAUGAAAGUAACAGCAAGAAAUUGGCACCAUGUUUGUUCGAGAAACAGUUGUGUUACCAAACUCAGUUUGAGAAUGAAGCCAAAUUUCCUGUUCAAUCAUCUACUAAGGAAGAUGCAUCUAACGUCAGCUGUAAAUCAGACUUUAAGUCUUUGUGUUUGGUACCAUUGCUUCCAGAUAAAAAUAAAUGUAAAGAGGAGUGUGUAGAUGAUCAGAUGCCUACUUCACCUUCUCAGCAACAUGAUAAAGAUGGUUCUGUGACUAGUAGCAAAUCCAAAACAUCGUUAGGACAGUCUAGAAGUAGUAAUCUCCCAGGAGACACUAAUGAUGAAUACAUUAAUGUACAUAAUAAAAGUGCAGCUGAUAUAAACACAGAUUGCACCAAUGUAAAUUAUGCAAAAGGUGAUGUUAUAAGGAAGUGUCUAGCAAUUCAGCAGAGGAAUAAACUAGCUGUACGGAGACCUACACGAAUAAUGCUCAAUCAACAGCAAGUGUUUAUUAGUAGACAAUUAUCUCAGCUGCUGGAGGGUGACUUCACAAACGAGGUUCUGAAUACAGCUGUAGAAAAGUUUGAACAAGAUGACAACCCAAUAGAUGCUGUUGCACUUGUUAGGUGUAUUUUGAAAGUGUUGCUGGAAGAGGAUUGUAAUGAAAUUGAUCGGAGUCAUGAUGUAAGGGCACCACCUCUAAGUGUGGUUGAAGAGAAGUUAAUAACAUUGCUUGUAACACUGAGGAACAGAUGCUCAAGAUUUUCAUCUUUAAUCAAUGAUUUUCUAACAGCUGUUGAGUAUUACAUACUCAAUUUGAGGACCACACCUGAGUACGAUCUUCUGCACAUUUUGACAAGAUUUCAUGCCUCUCUGUGUAAAGCAGAAGGUCUUCGUGAACGAGCACAGGCUUUUUGCUAUGAUGCUCUGUAUUCUCUGAAAAGGAAGUGUUUCCCAGUUAUCUACACCAUUCUGAUACAUUACCCAGAGGUUUUCCCAAGAGCAUCGCUUGGAAUGAAUUCACCUGUGUGCAUUUCUAUAGUUUAUAGCAUUUUUACCUCCAUGAAUCAGGCUAUCAAUACUAACCUCAGAAUCAAACCACUGAUCACAUUGCUGUGUAGAAUUUAUGAUUAUAAACUGCAGGAAGUUCUGUCAUUUGAUUUGGUGGAUUGCUUCCUCAAUCAUUUGAAAUGUCAAAAUUCGAAAUCAGGAGAAGUCUGUGCUGCUGUUAUAUUGCUUGCUAAGAGAAAUGAUAGAGCAUGGACAUUGACACAGCUAAUUCCAAAAUACCUCGCACCAAUAAUACAGGAGUGGAGAUGUGGAAAAAUAAAUGAGGCUGUUAUCUGCGAUGUUAUUGAUCUAAUUGGGUGUGUCGUGAAACCAUUUUCUGAAGAAUGUGAUAUGGGAGCAGUUCUGAAGAUAUUUAAAGGAAUUUUACAUGCUGAUCGAGUCACAAAGACACUGAAGAUGAAAGCUGCUUUAAAUCUAGCCCGACAAGCAGCUCACCAUUUUCCAGAAGUAGCUCCAGCACUUUUUGAAUGGGUUCCAGAAGGAGAACUGCCAGAUGAAUUCUGGAAACAAAUGAGUGACAUUCUUUCAGUGAAACCACACAGUUACUGGACAACAUUCUUAUCAACAUGUGAAGAAAAUAGUGAUGAAAUGUGUGUUGGUGCUCUAAACAAUUGAACAUUGUUCUUUUUAUUGUGUGCGGGAUUAAUAUAUAAGGAUUGCAUUAUACUGUUGUUUGCAGUUUUUAUAAUGACAUUUGUCCGGCGACACUGAUUAAAUGGUACAAAACUUGAAUAAUUUCUUAUCUGUAAGAAAAGAAAGAAAUAGAUGUUGUAUUUUGUUGUGUACAAAUGAAAAUUAAAUUUUUAAAGCAGUUCUGCUGCAGGAUAUUAAUAUAUGUGCACUGUCUGUGUUAAAACAACAAAUAUGUUAUGUAUUGUCAUGUAUUGUGUGUGCCAU